AUGAUGGAUGAAAUUCUCCUGCGCACUAAUGAAGAUAUUUUAGUCAAAGCCAGCAAAUAUAAACAGCAAAGUUCGACCAUAUCAAUGCUAAGAAUAGAAGAACUUAAUGCACUGCUUGGUCUUAUAAUUUUCAGUGGUGCUAUGGCACGCGGUACGGAACGGACGUGUUGCAAGUCAAUCGAAUUAAAAAUAAAUAAUAAGUGUGUGACUCUGAGUGUUUUGAGCCCAAAAAUGGGCACUAAAUGUGACGGCUGCCAUGCCGUAAUAUGUGAUGAUCUCAGGAUGCAGUGUUCGGAGAAAAAUUGUGGUAAAUCUUACCAUCUUGCGUGUCUUGGAUUGGGGAAGGAAAAGCUGGAGGCUACCACAGGGGAAAGUGGAAGUAAAUGGCUAUGCCCAGAGUGCACGAGCAUUAUCCCUGAAGGUGGUAAUUUGAACACGCCAGUACGAGGACCCAAGCAAGUGAAUAAGGAACCAGUUACACCUAGCUACGUCAAUAUCAAGCGAGGUGGCGGCGGCGGUCCGACUACCGUUGAUUCUAUAGUAGUAGAAAAUGAGAUACUGAAAGAGUUAAGAGCGUUGAGAUAUGAUUUUAAUUGUCGACUAGAUAGACAAGCAAAGGAGUACGACCUACUUCAAAAGAGAUUUGUUGUUACGGAAAACGAAUUACAAAAAGUACAAAAGAUUUUGGAGGUAGUUCAAGAAAAAGUAAAUAAAAUAGAUCUUUUAGAGGCUAAUAUUAAAAUAUUAGAAAAGAAAAAGGAAGAACUAGAAUCAAUUUGUAAUAUGGAGAAAAGUCAGCAGUCAGCAGUCCAGCAGCCGGAAAAGUCAGUUUUAACGUUUGCAAAUGUUGCAAAGAAACAAACUCAAAAGAAGGCAGCGGAUAAUAAAAGUGUGGCCAUGAAACCCACGGAGCCGAUUGUGCACAAACAAUGUAUUGUGAUAGAUUCACAAAAUGAUCUAACGGAUAUUACUAUUCAAAAAGAAAAUAAAAUGGAAACUAGUAAUUGGACGGUGGUAAACAAGAAAAAGAGAUAUCCCAACGAUGAAGUAAAAAAAGGAGAAAGUACGAAUUCAACUGAAAUUAAGGGAUCAGAGAGAAAAAGGAAGUUUGGAAAGCAACUUUCACUAAAUGAGAUUAUUGAGGAAUUGGCGCAAAAUGAUGAUGAUGACAUCCCAGAAUCUAUUACAAUAAUACCACCGGAAAAUUGUAAUGCUGAGGUAACGGAUGAAGACUCUGGAGAUGAAGACUUGGUGUCACUUCAAAACUUGCCGGGAUCUCAACUAAGGGCUGCUGCUGAGGUCCAGUAUGGCAACAGCUGUUAUGAUUGGGAGAGUGAUGAUGAUCUAUCAUUAGCCGAAAUAAACAAACGGCGACGUCUAAAUUUUGUAAAUGAAUGUGCUUCCACAUCCCAAGCCUCACUUCUUCAAGGACAAAUAGAUGAUCCGGUUUCACCUGCUGUACCAGUACCAUCUACUUCAACAAAUGCUUCCAACUAUAAUCAACUUCAAAAAUACUAA